UAGUCUGCAAUAUGAUUUCUAGAGUUCGUUAUAACUUGUGCAGACCACAUGCUUUCUUCUUGAAUUAUUUGUGAUACAAUCAUUGUGUGUCUUAAGAUGAGUUCAAGAAUCGGAUUACUUAAGCUCUUGAUCUUGCUUGUCGUCCAAGUUUGUUCUGUUUCUGCAAUCCCAGACGGUUCUGAUUCUUCUGCUUUACAAGUCCUGAAGAGUGAAUGGACUGCGCUAUCCAAGAGUUGGAAAGGCUCUGAUCCUUGUGGAAAUCAUUGGGUUGGAAUUACAUGUAACAACAAUAAUCGCGUUGUUUCAAUAAUGUUAAGCAACCUUAACUUGAAAGGAAACCUUCCUGCCGAUAUCUCGACGUUGUCUGAAUUGGAGAUCUUAGAUUUGUCUUACAAUACUGGAUUAUCUGGAGCGCUUCCAUCAAGUAUCGGUAACCUAAAGAACUUGAAGAGCUUGAUCCUUAUGGGAUGUGGUUUCAGUGGUCAAAUCCCUGAGUCCAUUGGAUCUUUAGAAAAACUAACAACACUCUCCCUAAAUUCUAACCACUUUAGUGGAACAAUUCCGGCUUCCAUUGGACGGUUAUCGGAACUCUAUUGGUUUGAUAUAACUGACAAUCAGAUUGAAGGAAAGAUUCCGGUUUCUGAUGGGAUUUCUUUACCUGGACUUGAUAUGCUUCAUCAAGCUAAGCAUUUUCAUUUUGGAAAUAACAAGCUUUCGGAUAGUAUCCCAGAGAAGCUCUUCAGCUCAAACAUGACUUUGAUACAUGUGCUAUUUGAUGAUAACCAGUUCACGGGUAAAAUACCGGACAGCCUCAGCCUCGUUAAAACGCUAACGGUGUUACGACUUAAUAGAAAUAAACUAUCUGAAGAAAUUCCUUCAAGUCUUAAUAAUCUCACAGAUCUUCAAGAACUGUACUUGUCCGACAACAGAUUGACAGGUACUCUUCCAAAUUUAACCAGCUUAACCAGUCUCUACACAUUAGAUGUGAGCAAUAAUGAAAAGAUGACAUUAUCACUCAUUCCAUCAUGGAUCCCUUCAUUACGCAAUUUGGCAACAUUAAGGUUGGAAGGCAUCCAACUUGACGGUCCAAUACCAACCUCCCUCUUUAGCCCUGCUCAAUUGCAGACAGUUUACUUAAAGCGCAAUCAUAUAAACGCAACAUUGGACUUUGGUACCAACUAUAGCAAACAGUUGGAGUUUGUGGAUCUACGAAACAACGACAUAAGUGUUUAUAGUCCAGUAGCUAAUAACCGCAUCCAAGUCCUGUUGGCAGAGAAUGAAGUGUGUGAUGAUGAGGCGAACCGACAUAGUGGCUACUGCAGUGGAGACCAAAAAAAUUCCUCAUUUUCUACCCUCCCAACAAACUGUCGUCGUGGCUGUGAUAAGGGCAGGAUAGCAAGUCCCUCUACGUGCCGCUGUGCAUAUCCAUUCACAGGAACAUUAACCUUCAGGUCUCCUUCCUUCUCAGGGUAUUCCAACAACAGCAACUUCCUAUCGCUCCAGCAAAGUUUAGAGGAGUUCUUAAAGGAUCCCAUUUAUAUGGGAGCCUCUGUGGCCAUCAGUAACAUACGAGAGACUCCACUUGAUUACCAUCUUUUAAUAGAACUCUUGGUCUUUCCAUUCAAAAAUGAGAGGUUUACUGAUGAUGCAAUGUCACGUGUUGGUUUUGAGUUUAGCAACCAGACAUAUAAGCCUCCUCCCGUAUUUGGCCCUUAUGUUUUCAACGCCAAUCCUUACAGUACUUCAUUCUAUGACGGAGGUUCAAACUCAGUAAACAUGGGCAUUAUAAUCGGAGCUGUUGUUGGUGCUGUUGUUCUUCUAUUGUUGUUGACUAUAGCUGGGAUCUACGCUCUUAGACAGAAGAAGAGAGCUGAGAAAGCAACUGACCAAAUUAAUCCUUUUGCCAAGUGGGAUACGGGUAAAAACAAUACCGAUGCUCCACAACUAAUGGGAGCAAAGGCCUUUACUUUUGAAGAGCUGAGCAAAUGUACUAACAAGUUUUCAGAGGCAAAUGAUGUUGGGGGUGGAGGUUAUGGACAGGUGUACAAAGGGGUUCUUCCAAAUGGGCAACUCAUAGCAAUCAAAAGAGCUCAACAAGGAUCUAUGCAAGGAGGGUUAGAGUUUAAAACUGAGAUUGAGCUUCUUUCAAGGGUCCAUCACAAAAAUGUUGUCAAGCUCUUGGGAUUCUGUUUUGAUCAAAGCGAACAAAUGCUCGUUUACGAGUACAUACCAAAUGGCUCACUUAGAGACGCUCUAUCAGGAAAGAAUGGGAUUAAACUGGAUUGGACAAGGAGGCUCAAAAUAGCACUUGGCUCAGGGAAGGGUCUAGCUUACCUUCAUGAGCUUGCUGAUCCUCCAAUUAUACACAGAGACGUAAAAUCAAACAACAUAUUACUUGAUGAACAUCUAACCGCAAAAGUUGCCGAUUUCGGCCUUUCCAAACUUAUUGGAGACCCUGAAAAAGCUCAUGUCACAACACAAGUGAAAGGAACAAUGGGUUACCUGGAUCCUGAGUACUACAUGACGAAUCAACUGACUGAGAAGAGCGAUGUGUAUGGGUUUGGUGUAGUGAUGCUUGAGUUAUUAACCGGUAAAAGUCCAAUAGAUAGAGGCAGCUACGUUGUGAAAGAGGUGAAGAAGAAGAUGGAUAAAUCGAGGACAUUAUACGACUUGCAAGAAUUGCUGGACACGACGAUCAUCGCAAACAGUGGGAAUAUAGAAGGGUUCGAGAAGUACGUAGAUGUGGCUCUGAGAUGCGUGGAGGCAGAGGGAGUUGAUAGGCCAUCGAUGAGUGAGGUGGUGCAAGAAAUAGAGAGCAUAGUGCGGCUUGCAGGAUUAAACCCUAACGCCGAUUCAGCAACGUACGAGGAAGUAUCCGGUGAUCAUGAUCCUUAUGGAAGGGAUUCGUUUGAGUACACUGGUUUGGUAACAUCAACCAUAAAAUCAUAAGAACAAUUAAUAUUUUGUCCAAUUCAAAGUCAAACAACAAAAGAUAACAAGGUCACUCUCUCUCAUACUUAAAAUUAAAAAUCUUUUGUAUGAAACUAGAUAUUCACGGGACUAUUUUUUACUUUAAAGCAAUUUAAAUACUGUUUUAUAAAUUAAAUCAAUAUAUUAUGUAGUGUAUAAGUAGUAUGUUUGUGGUGUAUUGUGUAUUUGUCUUUUCUGCCUGCGAGAGAUGUUGUGGCCACGAUGGUUUUGUCCAGACGAUGGCAACCACUUUGGAAGAUGGUGCCAAACCUCAUAUAUGAUGAUGAUAGCUAUGCGAGCUUCCCUCGGUUUGCGGACAGGUCUUUGCUUUUGCAUGAGGCACCCGUUAUAGAAACUUUGCAAUUCAAACUAGGUCAAAAUUCUGGUGACGCUAAUAUCCAAGUAUGGACCAGAGCUGCACUGAAGUUAGGAUAUCUUAAUUAAAUUUUAUGUAGUAUAAAAUGUACCGUUUUUUAUGUGUCUAUUUGGUUUGCAAUGUAUAUAUAAUAGUAUUUAAAAUUAUAUAAAAAAUUUUAUAUUAUAUGCGUAU